AGUAACUUGAUAUGUGAACUGAAUCUUUACAUUUUCACAAAUAUUGCAAUUUAAAUUGAUUUUGGAUUUUCUCAUAUUGUGGCACUGUUGUCUAUUUACAGUAUUCACCAUUUUCUAAAGUGUGCUAAUGUUUACUUAUCGUACAGAUACCCUAUAUGCUUGAUUUUACACAGGAAACUUUCGGAUGCAAAACACGUGUUCCUGUCUGCAAUAGUUUAUCAGUGUUAACAAACAAAGACAUACCAGCAAUACAAAUCUGCCAAAAUGCCAGCCGGAAUAUCUGAUUUACCUGAUGAAGUUCUUUUGAUGAUAUUUUCCUACCUGGCAUUUUACGAUAUUGUACAUUCCAUCAAAUUAGUAUGCUCUCGCUGGCGCAAUCUUAGUAACAAAAGAUGUUUAUGGAACACAAUAGGAGCCAUUAAAUGGGUGACAGAAAGUCUAGAGGAGGAAGAUUUCCUGGGGCGGGCCAAAUUUGUAGCAAGAAAUCUUGAGGCUUUGGAAUUUUUAAGAAUUCGGGCAAAAUAUUCUAAUAAUUCCAAACUUGCCUCAAACAUUGAAAAAUAUGCAACAUUAUAUAGCGGACCAAACCAAUUACUAGAGAAUGACGAUGAUGAUGAUGAAGAUUCUUCAACUUGGGGAUUCAAUGGUCCACUUGUGUUUUUGAGGGAGGAUGUAAACUGCCCGAAUUUAAAAGGAAUUCACCUUGUCAAUUCAGACUUAUCUUUAACAAAUUUCCUGAAACUUUUGGAAAAAUAUUCAUUUGUGACUGAGGUCACCAGUGACCAAAACGCAUAUUUUGACUUAGACACUUCUGAGAUGGUGAUGCCUGCAGUAAGAAAAUUACCAAAAUUAGAACGUUUAACAAUAAUAGAGUGCGAGGGAACAGGUGAUUUCCCCGACUUUUACAUGGAGGAAGGUAUCGUUACUUUCAAUAGCCGUAGAUGGAAUGCAGAGCUGCAGAAAAUUGUUAUUGCCCAUCCAGAGCUGACAUAUUUAAACAUUUCACUCAGUGGAAGAAGUGAGCAAACCAUUCGAACCAUCUUCGAAAAAUGUCCGAACUUGAAAUCGUUAAAAAUUCUAGGAAACAAGAUGAGAGGCACAGAAGAAAUUAAGAUAAAUGUUGCACUGGCCUCGCUGGAAGAAUUGGUGUUAGACAACUGUUAUUUGGAAACACAAGAUUUCAAGAACAUUAUUUCAUCGGCUUGUGCUAGUAAGAUGUUACAGAAGCUAACACUGUUGAACUGUACAAACAUAACUGAGGAGGUUUAUCAGAUCAUCAGUGACCAAUGUCCUAUUCUGAAAAAGUUUAUAGCUAGAGAAGAUGAAAUUUUCUACAAAAGUAGAAACCAAUGCUUUUAUAGAAGGUGGGAAAACACAUUCAUAAAUGACAAAGCACUGAUCUAUUUGUCAACCUGCAGGCAUUUACAAGAACUGAGUAUUGGCGACUCCAGUGUGUCAGCUGUAACCGAUGAGGGAAUCUGUGCUCUUGCACAAGGUUGCACACAGUUGAGAGUUGUUAAUCUCAGUGGAUGUCAAGGCAUUACAGAUCUUGGUGUCAUGGAACUUGCACAUAAUUGUCAAGGACUGCACGUUGUAGACCUCAGCGGUUGUCAUCACAUAACAGGCUUUGGAUUCAGCUGUGUUGUGAUGAACUGUCCAUGGCUACAGGAGAUACCAAUGCGUGGUUGUCAUGCAUUAAAAGAAAUUGUUUUAUGUAAGGAAAAGAGAUUUCCUGAAAUGCCUGUUGGCUCCUUAAACCAAAUAUCUGAGGAAACAAACGCAACUGAUAUUCAAUGCAAUUGUUCCACUUUCUGUGAAACAAGGAUUUGCCCAAAGAUUAUAAGUGGCCAACAGAAAAUCAAAAGUAUUUAUGGGAUUACUGAUGCCGAUAUUAAACAAAGCGCAACAGAAAACCAACAAAAUGACUCUGCCGUAAAGGUCUGGGAUCCACCCCUCCCUUUCCAUUCCUCCUCAGACCACUCCUGGAUUCAGACACUUGAACUUUCUAACUGUAGCAGCAUCUCUGAUUCGGAUAUCCUGAAGAUUUGUCAAUUCUGUCCAGAAAUAAGAGGCCUUGAUCUUGCUUUUAACUGCAAGUUAACAGACAAGAGCAUUCUUGCUGUGUCUAAAUAUUUAACUUUACUAAAUGCAUUGAUAUUGAAAGGCAUCUAUCAAUUGACAAAUAAUUCUUUGGUUGCUCUAGCAAAGAGGGGUUUAAUUAGUCUGUCUUUCCAAGCAUGUCCGAAAAUUACGAUUUAUGGAUUAAGAAAAUUUUUAACCAUGAACAGAACUCUUCAGAAAAUGAGUAUUCAUCAAAACAAAGAUGGCACUGCAGUACCAUUAAAGGGCAACAACAUUAAUGAUUUGCUGGAAGAAUUAAGCAAUGAUUACAUCCUCUUUGUAAUGCAAAAUGAUGAAAAAGCCAAUCGCAUCAACAUCGAAACAAGCCGCAUCAUGGAAGAUGAACUAAUGUUUUAGUCAUAACAUAAACUAUGAAUCAUGUUCAAUCCAUGUAUUGUGUUCUGAAUGUUCAUUAAUCUCCAGUAGCAACAAAAUGACAAAACCUAUAGAUACAUGAUGACUACAGAAUUUGUGUUGGCAGAGGAUUUUUAACUUAAUUGCUAUUAAUAAUUCAGCAUAACAGCAUUGAGAAAAAAUUUUGCCUUCUUCCUGUAUUCAUUGUGACCUGGCAGUGUCCGACCUGCUUUCCUUUUGAUUGGGUACACUACAUUCAACCAUAAGAUCAGUCUUGCAUUUCCUAGUGACUGCAAUCAAAGAGAAGUGUUUUGUUAUCCUUAAUACAAAAGACUUCCUCAGUUUGGAAGAAAAUUUUGUGGUGGUUCUUCCUAAUUUAAGGACACCUUAUUUGGAGAUCAGACAGGUUCUGGUACCAUUGGAGGUGGACAGCUCCAAAUAGGCAACUUGAAA